AUGCGAAUAUCCUCAAAUCCGCUCGUACGGGCCACCCUGGUGGUCGCGUGGCUCGCCUCAGCAACCCUCGCGAUGCCUCAAGUCGUCGACCGGGACGAUCCACCUCUCUCCCCACCACCACCGCCGAAACCGAUCGCGACGGCCGACCAAGUCGACAUGUCCCAGCCAAACAAUGCCAUCUCACCACCACCACCACCACCACUCCAAGAACAAAAGCCGCCGGUCCCCAUCACAGUCCGUCUGUUCCCCAGCGCCCCCGGCGUGAAAACCUGCCGCGGCGCGGCCUUUGUAGACAUGGCGCUGCCCCUAAACGCAUCGACGGAGCCCAUCUAUACGUCAAAAGACGGGCAGUGCUACAAUCUGCCGGGGACGGCGCAGUGUGGCGUGUUCAUGGGCAACAAGGCGGACGGGUGCGAGGCGAAGUUGUUCCGCGGGGAGCGGUGCACUUCGUUUUCGAAUGUGGCCGUCUUUCAGAACGAGGUGAGGCCCGUGGGCGGGUUCUUUGCGAGCAUGAGCAUCAAGUGUGGCGUCGUGCCUGUGGAGCCGAAGCCGUUGAGCUUGGGGGGGCUGGGGGGCAAGAUGCAGAAGCCGGUUCAGGGCAAGGGGAAGAGGGCUAGGAGAGCAAUUGUGUCUGCGGUGGGAGACAACGACUAA